UUUGACUAACUGGCGAAGGAACAAUGUGAAAGUGAAACAGUGCGGUGCAUGCAAAAGAUCGUUGGAAAAUAGUUAACUUGUUUUAUCCUUACAACGCAUUCCAAAUUUAUUAAAAAAUUAACACAAAUUCUAUUCCAACAAAUAACUCAGUAAAAAAACAAAGGUAAAAAGUGUGCUACUUUUUAAGGAUGGCCACAACCACCCAGAACGCUAUCACCCUGAAAGGUUCGGCCGCCAUUGUCAAGGAAUACCUAAAAUACGGUAUCAACUCGAUCCUCUUCCAGCGGGGCAUCUACCCGCCGGAAAAGUUUGACAGCGUACAAAAGUACGGCCUCACCAUCCUGAUGUCAACCGACGAGAAAAUCGUCGAAUUUCUCGAGAAAGUGCUCGGCCAAGUCGAAGAAUGGCUCGCCCGGAACGAGGUGGAGAAAAUCUCCCUGGUCAUCACAAUGGUUCACACGAAAGAAGUUCUCGAACGGUGGGAUUUUAAGGUGCACAGCGAACCGACCGCAACAGGCGGCGGCCCAGUGAUAGAUCCUUCCACUGCCGUUUCUUCGAAGGAGUUGAAAAAAAUUCAGGCGGAAAUACGGGAUGUGAUGCGACAGAUUGCGGCCACCGUCAGCUACCUGCCGUUGCUGGAGUACCUCUGCACGUUUGAUGUGCUAAUUCAUACCGUGAAAAAUUGUGAUCUUCCGGAGAAGUGGAACGAAACGGACGAGGUGCAAAUCCAGAACGCGCAAACCGUACAGCUGAAGUCGUUCUCGACCGGGCUGCAGAAGGUGGAAACGAUUGUCAACUACCGGAUGACUGAUUAGGAAUCGGAAUUGGAUUCGUUCGUUGGAGGUCCACGAAAAAUCUCCAUUAAUUUUAAUAAGUUAUAUUAAUAUUUCUACUAUAAGUAUCAUGACGAGGUAAUUACUAAACCAAUGGAUCCCAAUUGUCAAACGCUUUCGACCGUUGUUAGAAUAUAAGAAAGAUUAAAUUAAACUAAUAGAAGAAGUCAUUGUAAAAAUGCAUCUGGUUGUAGUUAUGCUUCAACCAGUUUUUUUUGUUCGACACGGUAACAUUCAGGGUUGCCAAUAUAUUUUUAAAUAAACUGGAAAACU